GGGCACCGAGUCACCAGGCACAACAGUGGGCUCCGAGUCAACUGGGAUGACCGCUGGCACUGGGUCAGACAUUGGUAAUCGUCUGGCUGGACAGCGGCAUCGGGUCACCAGGCAUUCAGGUCCAUUUGGCUCGACAGUGGGCCACCGCAUCAUCUGGCAAGGCAGUGGGCUCCGAGUCAACUGGUUAUGACCGCGGGCACUGGGUCAGACAUUGGAUCGUCCUGACUGGACAGCGGGACCUGGGUCAACAGGGGCAUCAGGUCAUUUGGCUCGACAGCGGGCACCGCGUCAUCUGGCAAGGCUGUGGGCUCCGAGUCAACUGGUAGUAUGACCGCGGGCACUGGGUCAGACAUUGGAUCGUCUGACUGGACGCUAGAGGGCAUCGGGUCACCAGGCAUCAGGUCAUUUGGCUCGACAGCGGGCUACCGCGUCAUCUGGCAAGGCAGUGGGCUCCGAGUCAACAGGCACGACAGCAGUGGGCACCGGGUCACCAGGCAUUGGAUCGUCUGGCUCGACAGCGGGCAUCGGGUCACCAGGCAUCAGGUCAUUUGGCUCGCCAGCGGGCACCGCGUCAUCUGGCAAGGCAGUGGGCACCGAGUCACCAGGUACGACAGCGGGCUCUGAGUCAAUUGGCACGACAGCGGGCACCGGAUCAGGUACCGGAUCGUCUGGAUCAACAGCGGGCAUCGAGUCAACUGGC